AUGCCUUACAUCACCAAUGUAUUCAAAUGGGUGGCAGAAUCAGCUACAAAAUGUUCAAUUGUGCCAGCCAGGUUGGAUGUUUGGGAGGUGGAUCAUUAUUCUGACAAAUAUGUAGUGAACCUCAAUAAAAACACCUGCAUAUGCUUUAAAUGGGAGCUCAAUGGUAUUCCAUGUGCCGAUGCUUGGGCUUGUAUCAUUAAGAAGAGAGAAAGACCUGAGGCAUAUGUCCAUGAGUGCUACACCAAGUCCACUUACCUAAAAGCUUACACACCAAGCAUAAAACCUUUGCGUGGGGUGAAGCAGUGGGAAAGGUCAGAUAUGGUUCAACCACUACCUCCUCUAAUGAGAAAGAUGCCUGGACGACCAUCUCUAAAGAAGAGAAAGAAGGAGCAGGGAGAAGUUAAGGAUUCAGGAGCUAUCAAAAGGCCAAAGAGGGUGUUUAAGUGUUCAAAAUGUGGACAAACUGGACAUUAUGCAACCAAGUGCAAAAAUCCUCUAGCCCCCACCCCAAGAGAUUGA